AUGCACAAUACUAUUCGGGGAAAAAAAAAUGGCAAAACCCUGUACCUCCCCCUGCUUUUCUUCUUCUUCUUCUUCUUCUUCACUCUCCACCAUCACUACCUCCGCUCUGCUUCCGCCGCCUAUACAAUUGGUGUUAACUACGGAACCGUAGCAGACAACCUCCCUCCACCAUCCCAAGUAGCCAACUUCCUUAAAACCCAAACCAUCAUAGACCGGAUCAAGAUCUUUGACACCAACCCAGACAUUCUCCGCGCUUUUGCCAACACUGGAAUCUCAGUAACUGUAACCGUCGGAAACGGCGACAUCCCUUCUCUUGCCAAACUCCCGGCUGCCCAAUCAUGGAUUGCCGCAAACAUUUUACCAUUCCAUCCACAAACAACCAUCAAAUACAUUGCAGUAGGGAACGAGGUCCUUGCUACUUCUGAUAAAAUUCUAAUAGCACACACUUUGCCUGCUUUGAAAGCCCUCACGUCAGCACUUCAACUUGCUAAUAUCACUACUAUUCACGUCUCCACGCCUCACUCUUUAGGUAUAUUAUCCUCAUCUGAACCACCUAGUACAGGUAAGUUUCGGAAAGGGUACGACCAAAGAAUUUUUGCUCCGAUGCUCGAUUUUCACCGCAAGGCAAAGUCGCCUUUCAUGGUUAAUCCAUACCCCUAUUUUGGGUUCAAGGCAGAGACUUUAAACUACGCGUUGUUUAAACCGAACAGCGGCGUUUUCGACGCGGCGACGGGAAAGAAUUACACGAACAUGCUUGAUGCGCAGCUUGAUGCAGUUUAUUCGGCGAUGAAGAGGUUGGGAUAUGACGAUGUGGACAUUGUAGUGGCUGAAACGGGUUGGCCGUCCGUGGGUGACCCGAAUCAACCGGGUGUGAGCAUGGAGAAUGCGGUGUCGUACAACAAGAACCUCGUGAAACACGUGAAUUCAGGGAAAGGAACACCUUUGAUGCCUAAUAGAACUUUCGAGACUUAUAUUUUCUCUUUGUUUAAUGAGAAUCUUAAAUCGUCCGUUUCGGAGCGGAAUUUUGGUUUGUUCAAGCCAGAUCUUACCCCGGUUUAUGAUGUCGGAGUUUUACGCACCGACAAGGUGAUUUCUAAGUCCAUGAUUCCUACAGUCCCACUUACUAGACUAGCAUUAAGUAAAACUAUGGUGCCUGUCACUAAUGUUGAUUUUUCAAAGCUAAGGUCUGACACUUCCAGCUUUUAUGUUGGGAUGAGGAGUGAGGACAAAUGUCUUGUUACUCAUUCGUUUCCAUUCUUUUCUGCAUCACAGGCACUGGCUCCUACAGCUGGUAGUGGUGCUACAGCUACAGCGCGUGCCCCAUCGCCGUCCAGUCCGGGCAGGCAAAGGCAAUGGUGCGUGCCGAGAUCAGACGCUAGUGAUGAGGCGUUACAGAAGAACAUAGAUUAUGUGUGCAGCAGUGGAGUCGAUUGCAAACCCAUACAACAAGGUGGGCCUUGUUUUGACCCUAAUACUGUGAGAUCACAUGCAUCAUAUGCAAUGAAUGCCUACUAUCAGGCCUUUGGUCGUCAUGACAUCAACUGUGAUUUCAGCCACACUGGAGUGCUCACCUCAACCGAUCCUAGUAAGUGUUUUUUUCUUUUUUUCCCCUCUUUUUUCUUUUGCCCCACCUCGUUACGAGGCUUGCGAUUAUCCUUUCGACGGGCUAAAGGUGCAGCAAAAGUCGGUGGCAGGAAUAUCGAGGAGAUUUUAUUGCACCGAUAA